AUAAGUAAUAAACUCAGCAGAAAAAUAAAGGAAUAUGUUUCAGUUGUUGAAAAAAACAAACAGUAUAUAGAAAGUGUUUUCAGUGCACAGAAGUUCCUUUUUGACCUUACAAAUUCUGCUUGCUGCCAUAUCAACCCUGAAUUAUUAAGUUAUAAUGAACAUUUUGGAAUUGAUGUAACACUAGAGAAAGGUUGUAUCACUUAUCCAUAUUCUCAUUCACCAGCUGGGUUGUAUAUAGGGAAAAAUUUAUCAUCAGCAUUUAAAUUGCAUUUUAAAAAAGUGCCAUCCAUUAUGUGGCAGUAUUACAUUUCAUCCGAUGGAGCUCAUUUUGAAUAUCCAGCAUUUCGGCUUGGUUUUAAUGAAAAUUGUGAUCACAAGACUAAUCGACACAGGCAAAUUUAUCAAGAUACUGUGAAAUCGAAGACAAAGCAUGUGAUUAUUGUGAUUGAUCAGGGUAAUUCUCUUAGUCUGUUUCAAUUUGGAAGUGCCAAAAUUAUAGGCAAACAUAUACUGUCACUGCUGUCUUCCCAUGAUAAAGUUAUCAUAUUUGGUUUAGCAUCAGAUAUUCAGUAUGCACAAGGAAAUAGUUGUUCAGCACACAAUCUCUUGUAUGCUACCACUGAAACAAAACUGGAACUUUCAAGAUUUUUUGAUAACUUGACUAGAAAACCUAAUUCUACAGAUCAUAUCCUUGGCUUUCGAAAUAUUUAUGAAAUUAUUCGUAAAAUUGAUAAUAAUAAUCAUUCUAUGCAAAAUGAAAUACUUGUAGCUUACAUAAGCAGAGGUUUACUUUCAUCCUUGAUUGAUGCAAAGCAAGUUUUGGAAAUCAUAGCUGAUGGGAACCAAAUAUCAAAAAGUCGUAUCAUUAUAAAUACUUAUGCAUUGAUUGAUGAUGAAAGACCUGUAAUGUAUGAAACGGAUUUCAUGCAAGAUAUUGCUGAACAAAAUUUUAGAAAAUAUGGCAUUCAUGUCAAGAAGAGUAAAAAAUCUCAGCGAGGAAUUAUGAUACCUGUUAAUUCAACUAGAGAUAUUAUUUCUACAAUUGGUGAUAUAUUUAAAGAAUUUCCUGAUCAUCUCUCAUCAAAACCUGUUUUUUCUCUUCCGUAUUUUGAUUCAGUGAGCAAAGGUAUGGUUGUGAGUAUAUCUCAGCAAAUAUUCCACCAAGGGAAUCUUAUGGGAAUUACAGGAAUCGAUAUAUCACUUACUGAUAUUACGGAAGAUGUUUCCUAUUUCACCAAUACAGAGCAGUUUUAUGUCUUCCUUAUAGAUGAUUCAGGUAUUGCUCUUACACAUCCAACAUUUAGUCAUCCAACUUAUACAAGCUGGCAUCAUGUUCACACAUACAUAUGGCAUCUUGAGAAUAUACCAGAAUUCUACAGCAUUUACAAAUCUAUUCUCAGAGAACCUAGUGGUAAAGUGGUAUUACCUUUAAAAGUGUCUCCAAAACCAAAGAAAAGUGGUGAUGGUGAAGAUGAAAAGGUUGCAAUUUAUGAAUGGAAGAAAGUUGAAGGAACACCAUAUAUUGUAUGUGUAGUAGUAAUAGAGCCAACCAAAAUAAGGAAAUUUCUUAGCAACUCAAUAACUUCAGAAAGCACAAACUUCACUUAUCAUCGCCUUGAUUUAUUGCCAUCAUCAAAUAUAUGUAGGCAUAUGAAGCAAUUAUCUUCUCUAGGGAACACAGCCCUGUUUCUGUCUGCAUCGUGUUUCACUUCACCUUAUAAAUACUUAAUGGAUGAAGAAUCAUUGCAGAUGGUUUAUAAUUAUAUGGCAUAUCUAAAGGAUCGAACAGGGCUCAUAGCAAACCCAGGACUGAAGCCUGGGGUGCGUAGUGAAGUUCUUGCUUUAUCACAAAUUACUUCUACCUGGAAAACUGCAGCUGAACAUAAAGAGUUCUCCAAUUAUAUUGUUCGCAGGUUUAUUGCUACAUGUAAUGGUGUUUUUCAAGUUUAUCCAGCAACAUUAAUUGAUAAAUCUUAUGAUCCAACUCGCCGUGAUUGGUACAUUAGAGCUUUAGAGCACCCGGGGAAAAUCAUUUUGACAGCACCUUAUCUAGAUGUUGGAGGAGCGGGCUAUGUUAUAACACUGAGCCAUACAAUAUUUGAGGGAAAACCUGCUGCUAUGCAUAGCUCCACAGAUAAUGUGGUUGCAGUCAUGGGAAUGGAUUUUACAUUUGGCUAUUUUCAUAAGUUCCUACAUGAAAAGAUUCCUAUUUGCAGGCAUGAUACAGUAAUAUGUUUCUUGUUGGAUGACAAAGGUUACCUUGUAUCUCAUCCAGAUUUGAUUGAUCCGAGUGGACGUGGACCAGUUGAACAGCAACAUAUUACACACAAAGAACCUCUUGUUGCAAAUGAUCUUCUCAAUCAUCGGGAAUUCGUUUCCAAAAACGUUUGCAAUAGCUAUAGUGAUAGAACAAUCCAGAGGUAUUAUCAGCUCAACAUGAGUUUGGACACAGUUCUCACAAAUGCUGUCCAUGGAGAACAGUGCACUAAGUAUCAUGUAAUUCAUAUUUAUGGUACCAACAUUUUUCUUGGAAUAGUUAAUCAGACGUGUGAUGGAAUAACAGCAUUUUGUCCAUGCAGCAUGACUGACAGGGAGUGUCUGAAUUGUCAUCGUAUGGAGCCCACAGAAUGUGAAUGUCCCUGUGAAUGCCCUCUUAAAAUGGAUUUGUGUACUGGUCAAUUAAUUAAUGAAAGCAAUCGGUAUCCAACAUGUCCUUAUUUUCCUGAGCUGCCUAACUUGCCUGUUGUUGAUACAAAUAUUUUAGAAACAUUGCAGCCAUGUUAUGAGCACCAUUGUUCAUUGCGAACUGAAUUAAGUGAUUGUUUUGGAAUCCUGGGUUGUGAAUGGUGUCAACUUGAAUCAGACGGUGUUACGCCUCUGAAAACAAAAUUUUGCACUGAACAAAGAAAAUGUUUUGGAGGAGUUUUAGGUGCCAGGACACCUUAUGCUGAUGAAAUUAUCGAGCAUUUGCCAGAAGGUGAAUUCCUCAGAAUAAAAAGUACACCCGUCGGACCUGUUGCUGGAGGCUUAAUUAUAUUAUUCCUUGCAAUUGCACUUGGAGUUUACUGUUAUCGCCAUCAUGUUCUAAGAAGUAAUUCGUCUCAUUUUGGAUCAUCGUCUCCAGAUUCAAAUUUCAGGAUGGCUCAACUUAAUAAUGAGCCUGAUGAACUAGAACCAUACCAAGAGCCAAUUAAUUCAGUUCCUCCGAUGUGUCAACUACUGCCUAACAUGGAUAAUAUUGCAAUAUCACCGUAUCGUGUUCCUACAAAUUACAGAAGACCACCAGGUGGUGAUAGUGAUCAUGGUUACAGCACAAUGACACCACAUGAAGACUCAGAAUUGACUCCAUACUUUGAACCUCUAUUAAAUGGAAAAGACAGGCUCAUCAAUCCAACAUCUCAACACUCAUUCAGUAGUGGUAGUCGUACUUCUUCACCAGUUUCUUGUGUGCCGUCCGCAGCAUGUUCCAUAUCACCGUCAGUUAUGAAAAUGGAAUGCACAGGGCCAUCAUGGAUGCCACGCAAAGUGUUAGCACAAGUGCAAGUGCACUCAGAAAAUGUAGAUUAAUCCAAUUUGUAAUAUAUGUUCUGUAAAUAUGUAUAUUAGUGACUUUGUUCCUGCAUUUAUGUAACAUGCUGGUUAUGUUACAUAGAUAAUCAUGCCACAAUAUUCAGUUCAUAUGUAAUUGUUUAUGUUUCUCUUUUUUAAUAAUAAUCAGGAUUGCUUACCUAAGAUGUGUAUAUGAAUUAUUUAAAUUAUUUACCUGACUUUGUUAUAAAUCAUAUUUCAAUAUGUGAGGUGUUUUAUAUUAUAAAUAUUGUUCGCUGCCAUACACCAUAUGCAGAAGGAUUGUCAUCUCACUAAACAAAUUCAUCAUUAUUUAAACACAUUUUUAUUUCUUUAUUUAAUUACUUUGUAAACAUUUAGUUCAUUUGUUAGGAGUCUCAUCUUUUCCUCAAAGAAUGGAGUCCAUGCCAGAUCUUUUCUCAAAUUGCAAAAAGCAUUAAAUUCAUGAACAUUAAUGUGAGAUGGGAUUCGCCCAAUAUGUUGCUUCCUAUAAUCUGUAAUUAUCUUACAUAAUAGUAGUAGUUAUGGUGGAUUAAUGUUCUUUUCUUAUGAAAUUACUCAAUAGUAUUCAUGAAUAAUUUUAAAUGAGCAAUUCAUUAUUUUGAAUACUAAAUUUCGAAUGUAAUAGUAAAAUACCAAAUAGUAUUUUAAAUCUGAAAGUAUUACUAUUCAAUGUUGCCAUAUCCAUGGUUUAUAUGUUCCAGGACUUAGCAUGGCUGUAUGCAACUAUAGAUAAUAAAGAAUGUGAUUUUAAACAUAUUGUUUGUGCAGCAUGUCUAAUAUGGUGUAGUUUAAUUGUUGCAUUAAAGCAUAAUAAGAAAUUUAUAAUUUUACUUAUAAUAAUUAUAAAGUAUACUAUGCAGAUUUCGACAUAUUUCUCUACAAAUUAAAAUAAUGCAACAUACAUUAAACACUAUUCUAUACUGUUUUCCGCCUUUUUUCUUGUACAUAUGAAAUGAAGAGUUUCUAUCAUUUCAGCUUAAUCUUCAAACAGAGCAGUGAAUAAGUGCAAUACCUCUAGUAUACAAUAUAAUGUACCAUUUCAUGGCAAAAUAAAAAUAACACAUAUGAGUAUAGAAACAAAAAAAAAAAAAAAAAAAAAAAAGAGUUUGUCUGUUUAUAUGCAAAAGCAGUAUCUGUUUACAUGCAUCUAGCAAAUAUUUAAGCUAACAAGAGCAUCUAAAGUGUGACCUGUAUUCUUAAACAAGCACACAAGUUCUGUUCAAAUUAUUUUUGGUAUGUUUUUAUGACAGUACUCCAUCAUAAAUAUACUUUGUGAAAGUUGAUAACUGUUUGGAACUAUAGAAAUUUUCAUACGGGUGCCGCAGCAUAAACAUGCCUGCACCUUUAUUCAGAACAGCUUCUAACAUGUAAAAAGCAAACCUUCACAAACAUGCAUGUUCCUUUUUUUAUACUGGGGCCACUGCUAUGCAAGUAGGAUUUUAGUUUGCUACUUUGAUUAUCAAAGCAACCAAAAAUUCGAUUUGCAUGCUCAUUCUCUGGCUUAAAGUCACCUUUAUGAAGGUUUGUUUUUUGUAAGUUAGAAGCUAAUCUGUAUUUGGGUGUGGGCAAGUUUAUGCUGGGCUACUCAUAUGAAAAUUUGUCUCUCUAAAUAGUAAGUAUGUAAAAGUGAGAGCAUCUUUAUGAUGGGUGUUAUUAUGAAGGGAGUCCCAUGUGUGUGUGUGUGUGUGUGUGUGUUAUAUAUAUGUAUAUAAUAUGGGUACAUUUCCCCAAAAGACAAAUAUUCAUAGUGAAUGUUGUUGUGGGAAGUCAAUGCUGAACAUGUUUAAAUUUCUAUUUAUCAUUAUACUAAUGCCAGAUCUUAUUCUGAAAUGUGUUCUUCCCUUCUCUAAGUAAGCCAUGGAUACUGAAUCAGCAGCUGCUGUUUUGCAGGCAUGAAAAUAAGUAUAAAUUUGUGUUUUAAAUACUCAUUUUUACAAAACAUUUGUACACUAAAUGCAAAGGUAGUACUUAUUUACAUUCAAGACUCAAACUAUGUUAAAAUUUUAAAAUUGAUUUAAAAAAUGCUUAUUCAUAUCAAAAGUAAAGAAGUGAAUUAAUCUGGUUUUGUGAUGCAUUUGGCAGCCAGCUUGUAAUCAAGGAUUGAACACGGUCAGACCCGCUGUAUUCAGUUGUCUGAACCACUCGGCCAUUCCAUAAGAUAUAAUAAUUUAAAAUACUUGCAGAAUUAAUAUUUUAACUGUGGAUUUUUUUAAACAAAUGUAUAUUUAUUCAGCCAAAGAAAUCAGUAAAUUAUUCCAGUGGAUUUUAAUAGUACAAAUGUUAAGCAAGUUGUUUUAUAUUUAUUUGGUAUUGAGUAUAAAAGAGAAAAAUUGUAUGUGGUCUGUGAAAAGAAUAAAAGUUUCAGAGAUCUGUUGUUGAUCUCUUUCAGAGAUGAUAUGUGGAUUGAAAGUAAUUUUAUUUAAUUCUAUUGCUCAGAAACAUUAUUUGCAUUUGCUUUGGUUAUGCACAUGAAGCAUCACUCGACAAUAAAUACUUACCAAUUCAAAUUUUUAAUGGUCAAGAAUUAAGUCUUCCUAACUUUAUGGUGUCCUGCAGUUUGACUGAAAACAUCAUUUGAAUUUUAUAAAGAUAUAAUCUCAAUUUCUUAUGCAUGAUGUCAUAUACAACUAAUUUAGAGAGAUCCAACUGUUGACUUUUACAAUUAAAUGGACUGUUGAAGAUAAAACAAUUUGAAUAGGCAAGUAUUUAUAAUCCAUUUCUCCCCACCCCUGUGUACAUUGCAAAAACAUGUAUACAUAAUCUUUUCUUGGUAACUGAAUUGAAUAAAAGCACUUUUAAUCCAUUAUACCUAAUACAUAUUUCAUAAAGCCCUCAUAAAAGUAUCUGUCAUUUUUUUGCAGACCCUUUAUAUGUUUAUAAACAUCUCAAACUACUGAUUAAAUAUUACAAAUUUUUCAAAAUAGUAUGUUUCAUUAAUUGUGUGGGUGACAUAAGUGUCAAAUUUUUACACAAUUAAAAAAAAUCAUCUGAUAGUGGCAUCAAAACUUUAUCUUACACUGAAUACAGUUACUGCAAAUUUAUUAUUAUAAAUUAUUAUUUCUUAUUGGUUUUUGUAACAAAGACUGCAAAGCUAAAUUAGGGUUUUUUUUUUCAGCUUAGGUAACAAUUUAGCCAUAUAUUAUCAUAUAAUAAUGCACAUCUUUUAUAUAUCUGAUUUGUGUGGUAAUGUUUUUUUAGAAAUGUGUAAGAUAGAUAACAUUACUAUGAUGGCAGUGCUCUCCAUGAUGUGUUCAUCUGUAACCAAUUUUAACAGUUUAUAUUGUGUGGCAGCUAUCUGUUAUUGUUAUCAUUUGUAUAUAUGGCAAAAUGAAAUGACUCAAGCCAAGUAUGCAUUGUCAUUGUUAAAAACUGUUAUGAUGGGUUUUAUUGUUCAUAUGUUAAAUCAUAGCAUUUUAUAAUACAAUAUAAAUUCUGUAGAUAUGUCGCAUGCAAACUAUGCAUAAUACUUAAUAGUUAUUAUGUCUUUAUUUAUGUCUGUAUAAUGUUUAAAGCAGAGUUAUGUGUCAAAACGUACUACCGAGUAUCCAUGCAAUUUCUGCCAUGUAUGUUAUACAUUAACUAUGCAAUUAGAAGUGUAAUUAUGCUUUAUAAAAAUGCCUUGCUGAAACCUGCAAUUAAAUGAAUGAUAUCAAAUGAUCUUUAUAAUUGUUACUGCUUACAGUGCACAGGGAUUAUUCAGAUUAUACUAGGUUUACAAUUUGUAAAUACAUUAAACUUUAUAUUUAUAUAUAUAUUGAUUUCAUAUGCCAUCUUAUUUGUGUCAGGUAACAUCAGGCUUAAAAUUGUGAUCUGAUUACGUAGAGAUUUUAAUCAAUUUUUAAAUUAUCCUAAAGUUUAGUGUGAAAUUAUCUAUGCAUUUAAAUCAAAGCCUAGCAUUAACUAGAGUAAAGUAUUUAAUUCUUUUUUAAAUAUGUUAUUAUAAUUUAUGUUUUAAGUUGUUUAAUUUUCUACAGUAUCAGUAUUAGUACCUUGAAAUAUCAAUAGUCUUUUUUUUCCUAAAUCUUAUUUAAAUAUUUUUUAAGUAGCUAAAGUUGUAUUUUGUUUUUAAGCAUAUAAUAAGCAUAAAAUAUAUGUUUUUGUUAUAAUUUAGUUUAAGUGAAGGUGAGUUUAAUCUAGUAUAUCUUGUUGCAUUCUUUCCACUGAUUGUGAAUAAAAGACAAUUUAUAUAUAAUAUUUGCAGAAUCAUAUAAUCAUAUAGAAAAAUUAACUGUGUUAUUUCUAGCUCUUUAAUUUUAUAAUUGCCUUACUAUUUGAAUAAAAGAAUUUUAGCUA